GGACACGUAUCGCUCAUGCAGUAGCGCGCCUGUCGCAGUGGCGUGUUUGGCGGUGCGCUGCGGGUCGGGCAGUUCCAAGUGAGUUGCUUUUCAGAUGCCGUCAGUAACAUCUUUGUGACUCGUGCGUUUUUUAAUCAAAUACGCUAAGCCGAAAUGUCUGGCAGAGGAAAAGCUGGAGGUAAGACUCGAGCUAAGGCCAAGUCGCGGUCUUCCAGGGCAGGCUUGCAGUUCCCGGUGGGCCGGGUGCACCGCCUAUUACGCAAGGGCAACUACGCGGAGAGAGUCGGUGCCGGCGCCCCCGUGUACCUCGCCGCGGUGCUGGAGUACCUGUCGGCUGAGAUCUUGGAGCUGGCUGGUAAUGCUGCUCGGGACAAUAAGAAGACCCGGAUCAUCCCUCGGCAUCUACAGCUGGCCAUCCGCAACGACGAAGAGCUCAACAAACUGCUCGGCGGUGUGACCAUCGCCCAGGGAGGUGUACUGCCUAACAUCCAGGCCGUGCUGCUGCCUAAAAAGACUUAGGUGCUCAUAGAAAGGAACCCGCAUGUGAAUUCGACUACGGACGAUCACACUUUCUAAUCACUUAUAAAUAUGUCAACUGCACUUUACGAAUCCUUGAUGGAAAAUGUUUUGCAACUGAACGAUGGCUUAACUUCUUAAGAGUCAUGGCACCCCGACAAUAACAUCUCAAGGAAGAAAGGAUUUCGAAAUGGGGCUAUGUAAACUGGAGUGAAGAAGAACGUUUUGUAAAACAGGGUUUUGUAUCAAAGGAUGAGGACCAGUCAUUAGUUUAGAGGCACGAGGAAGUCCGGAGAACUAAAAGCCUUUACCAGUGCGCGGAGAUCUGCGCCUGCUCCUCAGUAGCUGCAUAACGUCAUGUGACAAAGGGAGCGUUUCAAAAACACCUUGU